CUGAACCAUCACAGUCCUCCUGAAUCUCUUAGAAGAGACCAGCAGCACCCUUACGAGCACCUUCGCAAAGGCACUCAGUCCCUCCUUGUUCCUUCUUUUGCCAUCUUCCUGCCCUCAGUCUCGCAACACUCGCACAACACCAGCACGCAAGCCUCGUCUUCACUUCUUCUCUUCUGACUUUCUUCAUCUCAUAAAUCUUCCAUCAUGUGUGGAAUCUUUGCAUACGUGACCCAUUUGGUAGAGAAGGAUCGUCGUCAAGUCAUUGAAAAUCUCGUCAACGGUCUGGCAAGGCUGGAGUACAGAGGAUAUGACAGCGCUGGAAUUGCUGUGGACGGAGACUCAGAGAAGGAGGUGCUGAUCUUCAAGCAGGUGGGCAAGGUCGCUGCCCUGCGAGCACACAUUGCUGAGUCGUCUGUCGAUAUGGACAAGUCCUUCAUCUCUCAAGUCGGCAUGGCACACACCCGAUGGGCUACUCACGGCCAGCCAAGCCCCCUCAACUGCCAUCCCCACCGAUCAGACCCCACCAAUCAGUUUACCGUUGUGCACAAUGGUAUCAUCACCAACUAUCGAGAGCUCAAGCUUGUCCUAGCAAAGCGGGGAUACACCUUUGAGACCGACACCGACACCGAGGCAGUCGCAAAGCUGCUGAAGUACCUCUAUGACAAUGUGCAGGGAAGGAAGCCAGACUUCACUUCUCUCAUCAAGUCGGCCAUCAAGGAGCUGGAGGGAGCCUUCUCCUUCGUCUUCAAGUCGACACAUUAUCCAGGGGAGGUCGUCGUUGCUCGUCGUGGGUCGCCGCUGCUGAUUGGUGUCAAGACAGAAAAGAAGCUCAAGGUCGACUUUGUGGACGUCGAGUUUGGUGGUGCCAUCGAUGAGGAGGGAGGUACAGCUGAGACCCGUGCUGGUCAGGCUGGCCUGCUAGCCCCUCCCCCAGCUGGAGGCUUGUCGGUCCCCAAGCCCAGGGACAACCUUAUUCGUUCCCAGUCUCGAGCAUUCCUCUCCGAGGACGGCACCCCACAGCCCAUCGAGUACUUCAUUGCAUCAGACGCUUCAGCCGUCAUCGAGCACACGAAGCGUGUCCUCUACCUCGAAGAUGAUGACAUUGCCCACAUUUCGGAAGGCGAGCUGCACAUCCACCGCCUGCGAAGGAACGAUGGUCUCUCCUCUAUGCGAUCGAUUGAGACACUCGAGAUGGAGCUCGCUGAGAUCAUGAAGGGAUCUUUCGACCACUUCAUGCAGAAGGAGAUCUACGAGCAGCCUGAGUCUGUCAUCAACACAAUGCGAGGAAGAGUGAACUUUGAUACCCGAACCGUCAAGCUGGGAGGCCUGAGUGCCUAUCUGAACACCAUCCGACGCUGCAGGAGAAUCGUGUUUAUCGCAUGUGGUACCUCUUACCACUCUGCCCUCGCAACUCGAUCAAUCUUCGAAGAGUUGACGGAGAUUCCUGCCUCGGUGGAGCUCGCUUCUGACUUCCUGGACAGGCGGACACCAAUCUUCCGAGACGACGUCUGCGUCUUUGUGUCUCAGUCAGGUGAGACUGCUGACACCAUAUUGGCUAUGAGGUACUGUCUUGAGCGCGGGGCUCUGUGCCUCGGUGUUGUCAACACUGUUGGAUCUACCAUUUCGCGAGAGUCGCACUGUGGUGUGCACAUCAAUGCUGGACCCGAGAUUGGAGUAGCUUCUACCAAGGCCUACACCUCUCAGUUCAUUGCUCUCCUCAUGAUGGCUGUCCAACUAUCCGAGGACCGAAUUUCGAUGACCGAGCGGAGGAAUGCCAUCAUCGACGGUCUGCAUGACUUGCCAGAGCAGAUUCGAAACAUUCUGUCACAGGACAAGUCGUUGCAAACUCUGGCCUACGGCACUCUGGCAAAGGAGCGAUCCUUGCUGAUUAUGGGUCGAGGUUACCAGCAUGCCACCUGCCUCGAGGGAGCUUUGAAGAUCAAGGAGGUCUGCUACAUGCACUCUGAGGGUAUCCUCGCCGGAGAGCUCAAGCACGGCCCUCUUGCUCUGAUUGACGAAUCCAUGCCGGUGAUCCUGAUCAUGACCAAGGACUCUCUCUACCCCAAGGUACAGACUGCACUGAUGCAGGUCACCUCCAGGAAAGGCCAGCCGAUCAUCAUCUGCAACGACGACGAUCAGGAUAUCGCAAAGGAAGCCAAGACGAUCCGUGUUCCGCGAACUGUGGACUGUCUGCAAGGUCUGCUGACCGUAGUCCCUCUGCAGCUGCUCUCCUACCACCUGGCUACGGCUGCUGGCGUCGAUGUCGACUUCCCUCGUAACCUUGCGAAGUCCGUGACCGUUGAGUAAGGAAAGAACUGGAUAGCGAUGGAGGUUAUACGGUGUCAGAUGUGGCGCAGACGACUUGGACUCGAGCGAGGGAUGUCUCAUUUGGUGGGCCAUUUCCAUUUUCCCGACCUCUGCGUCGCUCACCGCCUUUUUGCUCGGCCCCGAGGUGUGCCCUUCUGCGCUUUCGUCUUUUGGAGCAUCGAUGUGGCCCAUUUUCUCUUCCUGUCUGCUUUCGACCGCUCUUCCCUUCCCUGGACAGAACUGCGUUCCCACUCCAAUUAGACGACCCCAAGUUC